GGCGGUGGCGGGCCCGGUUUCGAAUGACUGCAGUGCACACCUACCCUUUUGACGCACUCUUUCCGUCUGUGGCGACGGCAGCCCCCCUUUAUUUGGCAUCCUGACAGCACCCGAUCGCAUUCAGACGACAAAAAGUUGCUGCCCUCGCAGUCACCACUUCAUCUUGAGGGUUUCGGAACAAAGAAGGUCAAGCUGUGGCCGAUGUAGGGUUGAUGUUGGCAAACAACAUCUAGUCCUCCCACCGUAACAGAAGACACCUGGGUCGCGCAGAAAUAAUACGAUUCUCCUUAAUCUCAUCUUUGUUGAGACCCGUAGUCAAAUUUUUGUCACUUCAAGAAGACGAGUGUUUCGGUGCUUCUCCAGUCACCAUUGUCACGGUUUCUUCAACCCUAACCUUGUUUACGUGUCUGACAAAUGUUUUGGUUUUAUUGGUCCGAUGACGCUUCGUUAGGCGGUGCGGUGCAUAUCAUGAAUAUAAAUGACGCUUAGUUCGAACCUUCACUCAAUUGUUACCUUGUCACCCCAUGCCUCUCAUUAGCGCCAGUUUCAGUGGAAUGACCUCAUUUUGAGGUUGUAAUUUGUAUGUUGUCUUCAGUGACAUCUAUCUGACAGCCAGCUUUAGGACUCUACCAAAAGCUUUACGAUGAUGUCAUUUGUCCCUAACAUGGUUAAUUCCAUAGAGAAUGUCAUUGCCCAAUCUUUGCGUAACAGUUAGCGACGGGAAUUCAUGUUCAGUUCAAUACUAGGAGAACCAUGCUAAUUUUUCAAUACAUUGAUAUAGACUUCACCCUCUGGCUUACGUGGGUUCUAGCCCCAGUAAUCAUAACAUUUCUCUUACCAAUAGUCAUUGUCCUUUUACUUUAUUUAACAAGCAUCAUCCUCUACAUCUAUCGCUGGCAUAGACAUCGUUUGCGAGAUGUCGCUGGUUUUUGGGACGGAGCUAGAAAACUGGUUGCAAUUGUUUGGGAUGCUCAUGGAUGGAUUUGGCAUGGGUAUGAAGUUUGUGGACUGGAAAAUGUACCAGAUGACACCCCUGCAUUAAUCAUCUACUAUCAUGGUGCAGUCCCAGUUGAUGUUUAUUACUUCUUAUCAAAAGUAAUGUUGUUCAAAAAUCGUAUGGUUCACACAGUUGCUGAUCGUUUCUUAUUUAAGAUACCAGGCUUUUCAAUUAUUGCUGAGGCACUGAAAGUAAUCCCUGGCACAGUUCAAACAUGUUCUGCAGUACUUAAGGAAAACAAUUUACUUGCAAUCUCACCAGGAGGUGUUUAUGAAGCUCAAUUUGGAAACUCUUACUAUCAUCUAGAGUGGAAAGGUAGAUUAGGCUUUGCCAAAGCUGCCUUGGACGCAAAAGCUCCUAUUAUUCCAUUAUUUACACAAAAUAUACGAGAAUCAUUCAGAACAGUUAGUUUUGGUAGGCAAUUUUGGUUAAAAAUUUACCAGUGGACAAGGCUUCCUAUUGUCCCUAUCUAUGGCGGUUUCCCUGUAAAACUUAAGACCCAUGUUGGCAAACCAAUUCCUUAUGAUCCUGGGCUUACUCCUGAAGAGUUGUCUGCCAAGGUCGCAGCUGCUGUAGAAGAUCUCAUUGCAACACAUCAAAGAAUUCCUGGUAGUUUUGUCCGUGCUUUGAUUGAGCGAAUUCAUGAAACACCUAAGGAUAAAGAUCAUUGAGUCUUGAGACACGCAAUGUAUCUCCAAUUUGAAAAGAGUUACUUUUGGAUCUGAGGACAUCAUUGGUGCAUAAAAUAGGAACAUAAGCUCUUCAAAGACUUUGCUGUUGGUAAAUUUUGUGGUUUUAUUUGUCUGGCUAAAAUGGAAUGAGAAGACUGAUUUUUUUGUGUGAGCAUGCGUAGCACAUGUCACAUAUAAUGCUAGUUGUUGAAAUCUUCUGGCGGCGUGACAUGUGGUGAUGAUGUUUACUUAAUAUUUAUAUUUGACAAGUCACUUAUAUUGGAUGAUGGGCCAUUAAUCACUUAACCGCCUACCUACUAUCUAUUUACUUAAUAUUUCAACAUGUAUUCAGAACACUAUAAUGCAAGUUCAUUUUGUUGUAAUUUGUGUACAGUUCUUGUGCCAAUCGUUUCUAACACCCCUUUCAACCGUAGCUUAAUGCUGAUGCUUUGAUGCCUCUCUCCCUCCCACCAAACUCCUGUCUAAAAUGCUUCAGUCACAAUGCAUUAUUGAAAUUGCAUCGUCAUCAAACUUUGCGUUUAUUGUUGAGUUAGUUCCUAUCUUUGGAAUUUGUGAAUAUGCCAAAUCUUUUUGGUAGCCAUUGUAUUUAUUAGAUAAUAUUUGUUCUAAGAAUUCUGUUACUCUUUUCAUAUUUUCUAUUUGUGUUGUAUUUGUUAAAAUUGUUGACUAAUUCCCAUUGUUUAACAUAACAACUGUGUUUUUCAGUUGUUGACCUCUUUUUUUGAUUUUGUUUUGAGAAGUAUUGACGCUGUACACUCUUCAUAUGAAUUGGAGCAAUGGGCAUGACUUUGGUAUCAUAACAAAGAUGUUAUGAUAAGAUCAGAAGUCACCAGAAGUAGCCAUUCUAGAGGAACUUGUGCCUCAGGUUGUUGUCACUUGGACCAAUUACAACAUUAUCUUCCUUUGGGAUGGGUGUUCCGUCCUAGAUUGAAGAAACAAAAUAAUUUGACAUUCCUCACCCCUUCAGAUCCUCGUCAUCUGCUGUGAAUAUUUUUUUCCUACCUUAAAUCUGCAUGAGCAUGCCAUAGGCUUGUAGAUUGUAUUGUGCCAUAGUUCUUACUUGUUGAUAGAGAUACAUUUUUACUCUCUCAUUUUUUUGUAUUACUGAUGCACAGUAUUGUAAUUGAUAGUGAUGAAAUGCCUGUAUUAACAUCCAAUUCUUGUAGUCCUAGCCAUAUCAUUCCUUAGCACUUUUGUUUAUACUAUUUUUCAGAAGAUAUCCAAGAUAUUGUUAUUGUUGUAAUGACUUCAACGAAAUGACUGCAGUAAUUCAUUGCUAUUAUUCAAUGGCACAUACUAUUUCCUGCCAUAGAAACAAGAUGUUAUUGCUUCUUAAUUAUGUUUCUUGUUUUUAUUAUUAUUAUUAUUAUUGUAAAUGGAUUUGUGAUUCUGUCAACAGGCUAGUGCCAUUUUCCAGGUACAUUUCACAUUGAACUGUUUUGAGUAUUUUAAAAGCUAAAUUUAUUUCUAUCAUUUGUUAUAAGGAAGUCUUUUUUUUCUUUGUGAACCAUGUAUCCUUAGUAACUGUUCAUUGACUGACUAGUAAAUUAAGAAGAUACCAUGGUCAAGCGCUUAUAAAGAGCCCAUCUUACUCGUUUUCAGAGGCCUGGGAACUCCCCACAUGCAUGGGCGUGUAAGAUCUUACAAGUAAGAUCCUGAAAAGUUGGUUUCGUUUAUUUGCGUACUGACACGGAAUAUUUACCUUCUAAACCAAGUGAGACGACCCAAGUUUUCAUCAUAAGUGACAUUGUCUUUUACAUUCUUGUGCUCAUUGUGGUGACGGUGAUAUAUAAAUAUUCUAUUUUCCCCUUGCUUAAUUGUUGUUUAAAUAAAUUUGUUAGUUUCAUAAGA